AUGGCCUCCAGAAAGACGCUACCUACUCGAGCCCUUGGGCGCAAUGGUCCUCUGGUCCCUCGACUGGGCCUAGGCCUCAUGGGCACGACCGGCAUCUACGGUGCCCCCAGAACCAAUGAUGAAACAUUCGAGCUUCUGGACGCAGCUUUCGAGAGAGGGGAGAUCUUUUGGGACACAGCCGAUAAAUACGGCAACUCCGAAGAUGUCCUAGGGGCGUGGUUUGCAGCCAAUCCUGAGAAACGUAAGGAUGUCUUUCUCGCUACAAAGUUCGGAUUCACCGACAUGGUGGGAGGCAAGAUCCAAGUAGACACGACUCCCGAGUACGCCCAAGCUGCUCUGGAGAAGUCUCUAAAGCGACUGGGACUUCCGUUUGUCGAUUUGUAUUAUGUCCAUCGGCUGGAUAAGGUCACACCUAUCGAGAAGACCAUGAAAGCUCUAGUAGAGCUCAAGGAUGCUGGUAAGGUCAAGCAUAUUGGACUGAGCGAGUGCAGCGCAGAGACUUUGCGACGUGCAUGCGCUGUGCAUCCUGUUGCUUGUGUUCAGAUUGAAUAUAGUCUGUCCUGUAUGGAGAUAGAAUGGCCGAAGUGGAAGCUCCUAGAGACUGCUCGGGAACUGGGGGUAGCUAUCGUGGCCUACAGCCCAUUGGGAAAUGGCCUUGUCACCAGCCGGAUCCGCUCGCGGGAGGAUGUCAGCAAGCCUGGUGACCGGCGUGGCAAUCUGCCUUGGUUGCGAGAGGAUAAUAUCAAGACAAACCUGAGCAUUCUCGACCGGGUUGGAGAGAUCGCCAAAGCGAAGAAUGCAACCUCCGCGCAACUUUGUCUUGCUUGGCUGCUUGCUCAGGGGGACGAUAUUUUCCCUAUCCCUGGAUCAUCAAAGAUUUCGCGAUUGGACGAGAACUUGGGUAGUCUUCUUAUACGAUUGUCGAGUGAAGAAGAGAAGGAACUUAGACAACUAGGACAGAGCUUUCUCGUGGAGCGUUUCCAGAAUAUGACCGGUUUCGCCUUCGGUGAUACCCCUGCUUUGGAGGAGUAG